AUGGCUCGUAACGAGGAGAAGGCGCAGGCCUUGCUGAACCGCUUCAUCACGAUCAAGCAGGAGGAGAAGCGCAAGCCCCGCGAGCGCCGGCCGUACCUCGCCUCCCAAUGCCGGGACCUCGCUCACGCCGACCGCUGGCGUGUAGACAUCCUGCGCGAAAUCGGCGUCAAGGUCGCCGAGAUCCAGAACGAGGGCCUCGCGGAGCACCGCCUCCGAGACCUCAACGAUGCGAUCAACAAGCUCCUCCGCGAGCGCAGCCACUGGGAGCGCCGCAUCCUCGAGCUCGGAGGCCGCGACUACUCUCGGAGCUCCAACGCUGCCCUCAUGACCGACCUCGACGGCAACAUCGUCGCCGUCCCCAACCCCUCCGGCAGGGGCCCGGGCUACCGCUACUUUGGUCAUGCCAAGAACCUACCCGGCGUCCGUGAGCUGUUUGACAAGCCACCUGAGGUCCGCAAGCGCCGCACCCGCUACGAGAUCUGCAAGCGCAUCGAUGCCGGGUACUACGGAUACCAUGAUGACGAGGACGGUGUGCUUGAACCCCUUGAGGCUGCUGCCGAGAAGCGCAAGCGCGACGAGGUUGUCACGGAGUGGCACCGCGUGGAGCGUGUGCGGCGGGAGGCCAUGAAGAAUGUGGUGAGUGGCGAGGUGGCUGGAGCAGGUGGGCGUGUCGGGGAGGUUGCUGCUAGGGAGGUGCUGUUCGAGGAGGUGGAGGAGGAGGUUGAGGAGGAGAGGAGGCUGGAGGAGGAGAGAAUGGAGAGAGAGAAGGGCGAAGAGGCGGGGAGGGAGUUUGUCGCACAUGUGCCGCUCCCUGAUGACAAGGAGAUUGAGCGAAUGGUGCUAGCGAAGAAGAAGGAGGAGCUGCUGAGCAAGUACACAAGUGAUGCCCUGCAAGGGCAGCAGAAGGAGGCUAAGGAGAUGCUCAAUGUGCAACGCUAGGAGAGUUGUAUAUAUGUUCUUUUUAUUUUGGCUCUAGUAAAUUACUUUUAACUAGUGUAGACUAGGGUA